CUGACCGGCGACAAGCCUCACCAGGAUGUCAAGUUCACAUUCAAGUUUCAGGAGUUCAGCCCCAACCUGUGGGGUUUGGAGUUCCUCAAGGGGAGGGACUAUUAUAUCACCUCCACCUCUACAGGCACUUUGCUGGGUCUGGAUAAUGCUAAUGGAGGGAUGUGCAGAACAAAAUCCAUGAAGCUGGUGCUGAGAGUCGGCCAAAACUCUUCAGAACCGCAUCAACCACUCCAGGAGUCCCCCACCAGAUUCCCACCUGCACGACCGAAGUCUAAGACCACGGAUACCUCCACAAAAGAAAAUAAUAUAAAAAGCAAAACUGACAGCGGUGGCUCGGAGCCAGGAUUGUUCACCUGGGUUAUCUCCGGCUGUGCGAUCCUCCUCCUGGUCAUCAUAAUUCUUCUGGCCCUGCUGUGGAGGUACCAUCGCCGUGGCUGUGUCCCACAAAGCCAGCCUGCCUCUGUGUCGCUCAACACUUUGGCUGUGCCGAAGCGGGACAGCAUCAGCAGUGACAACAACGGCUCAGACUGCAGUGAUGUUGUGUUUCCCCUGCGGGCUUCUGACAGCAUGAUCUGCCAUCACUAUGAGUGUGUGAGCAGCGACUAUGGGCCCCCUGUGUACAUAGUUCAGGAGAUAACACCCCAGAGUCCCACCAACAUCUACUACAAAGUCUAAUGUUUGCUGCUUAAACGCUAGUCUUUUUCUAAAUCAUACAUUUUAUUGUUCCAUUAUGGACACAUGGGCUACAGUCUAUGACACAGUACUUCCAUGACUACAGUUGCAGAGUUUGUAAUGUGUGAAGGAAUGUGGGGAGUUUACAUGUAUCUGAGAACAGACAGACAAAUGGCACUUGUUUGGGCUGCACUGCACCAAAUGCACAAAAUACUGUUGAACCAUUUUGUUAGUGAGAAGACAAUCAGAGACUAAAUUGAUAUUUCAGUAGUUGUGUUCAGUGCAUUUUGUGAGAUAUAUUUAGAAGUGAAUGACUUUUAUUUAAGUCCUUGAUAAAUAAUAAUAAAAAAGGCACUCCAACAGUAAAUUUAUGAGAACGUAGCAAAACUUUAUAACUUGGAAUUGUGUAAAUUUGGUUCGAAAUGUGGUUUAGUAAAAUGAAAAAUCAUGAUUUUUGUGGCUUUUCAAGGGAUUCCAAGUUCAAUCACUGAAUCCACACUUUGAACUGGAAUAAAUGCUAAUAAAUCACUGCUGCGUUCCUUGCAUUUACAAAAUAGCAAGCAGCACAAUGCAAGAUGAUUUCAAGCAGGAUCUCCAUUUGCAAAUUGCCAUUGUUUAGACCAUCAUGGCCCUGUCCAACAAUUGCAGCCCCUGUAUUUAUAUUUAAAAGCUUUAAAAGAUUAUUGUUGGUAUGCAUAGCUAUGAAACAGUUUAAAACAGUUUUCUGAAUGAUUUUUAAAAGUUGGCAAGAUAAAAUUAGGCUUUGCCCAGAGGAGCAUGUCUCUUCAUUACACUUCUAAUGGUUCUCCUGGGAUAGUGACUGUCAUUCUGCAGUUAACAGCACCAUGUCACUGUGUCUUAUUAGGUUUCAUGGUCAAAAUGCAAAAUACAGUUUGAUAUAGUUUAUUGGAAUGUGCAGAUCCCUCUGGAAUGUUUUGCAGCAUCUCCAAACUGAUUCUUUCGAACCUCUCACUAAUGAAAAUGUCUAAAAGCUCCAGUGUCAUUUUUGCAGGUCAACAAAUUUGUGCAUUCUGCCCAAAAACUAAUAAAAACUACCUGUGAGGGUAAAGAAAACAUUUUUAAAAUAAAAACA